AUGCUGCGCCUCUCGGAGCGGAACAUGAAGGUGCUAUUCGUCGCCGCCCUGGUUGUGGGCUCCGUCUUCUUCCUGUUGUUGCCUGGACCGUCCGCGGCCGAUGAGAAGAAGAAGGGGCCCAAAGUCACUGUUAAGGUGUACUUUGACCUGAGAAUUGGAGAUGAAGAUAUAGGCCGGGUGGUCAUCGGUCUCUUUGGAAAGACCGUCCCAAAAACAGUGGAUAAUUUUGUGGCCUUGGCUACAGGAGAGAAAGGAUUUGGCUACAAAGACAGCAAAUUCCAUCGUGUGAUCAAGGACUUCAUGAUCCAGGGUGGAGACUUCACGCGGGGAGAUGGUACUGGAGGUAAGAGCAUUUACGGUGAACGCUUCCCCGAUGAGAACUUCAAGCUUAAACACUAUGGCCCUGGCUGGGUGAGCAUGGCCAAUGCAGGCAAAGACACCAACGGCUCUCAGUUCUUCAUCACGACAGUCAAGACUGCCUGGCUAGAUGGCAAGCACGUAGUGUUCGGCAAAGUUCUAGAGGGCAUGGAUGUAGUACGGAAGGUGGAAAGCACCAAGACCGAUGGGCGGGACAAGCCUCUGAAGGAUGUGACGAUCGCAGACUGCGGCAAGAUCGAGGUGGAGAAGCCCUUUGCCAUUGCCAAGGAAUAG